UGAAUUCAGGGACCGUUCACUAGUAGCAGGAUUUACUGAAGAUUCACACUGUCAAAAUGCUUUCUGGAAAGACUGUGAAACUCAUUGUAUAUGAGCUUUUGCAGUUCGCAUGUCUCUGUAUUCCUGUGUUUGUAGUUAUGGAGCGCUUUGCUUCUGUCAUUCGGUUUGUGAAGUCUAGUGAUACUGCCUAUUGGCUGGUGGUGGCGGCGUCUGUGGCCUAUGCAGCGUCUGUAACUCUGUUUGUGUGGGUUCCAUUGAAGUACUUCAUGUUAAAGACUCAACGCUUCUCAGAAGUGACCAACUGGAGACCUGUUACACUCGCAUAUGUGAUUCUCAGCACUUUACCGUGCUUCGCUAUCAUCAUAGCCAGCUCAAAGGUCCAGGUUGAUGCUGCUGUUCGGUUUGACCGCUUAACAGAGCUCCCCGUCUCACUGGUCCUGUUCUCCCUCAUCUGUGUGGACAUAGUGGAAAGAAUUCGCCCUCUCCGCUUAACAGGAAAAGCGAGUGGAUUAGAUUUGGAUUUGGAGAUGCCAGGUCCAGUUCUGACUCAUUUGGAGCAGGUCACAUCAAUUUCUGGACAUCUACAGGCAAACGGACAGGACGGCGAUGCAUCUUUCAGAUCGCCGGUCUCAAACGGGUCACUGUCGGGCCGUUGGGGAGAUGCAGGAACAUAUGGGCUGCCCCGCACCAGCAGCUCGGCAUACCUCUACUCUCAUUCUCACUCAGGCUUGCUUAGCUUUCUCUGGAAACGAGACCCUCGGCAUGACCUCUUUGUCUCCAGCUUCAUGUUCUGGUUGGACACUGUGGAAAUGGUGAGGGUGGCUGGCACCAAUUCGGUGUAUUACUCAGGAUGGGUGUUUCCAAUAUACAUACUGGCUUAUUUGUCCCUCCUGCGUGUAGUAAUAACUCCAGACAGUCCAUUGCUGGCUUCGUCAAGCAUCCUUUCUCAAGAUUUGCCCUUUCUGGUGGUGCGCAUUUGCCUGCUGGCGGUUUUUGGAUAUGUUACUCCAGUGCUGUACAUACUAAAGAACAUUCUCGCCAGCAUAUCUUUUGUGUACUUUGUCUUUAUGACUAAACUGAAGCUGCUGAACAGAGGAAGCAUGUUUUGAGGGAUUGGGGAAAAAUAGCAGAUUUACAUUGUAUUUGUAAAUGUAAAUGCGUUUUAAAUGAAUGUGCAUAUUUCACGAUUUAUAUUUUUACAGAUGACCUGCUAAACUAUACAUCUGACAAAGGUCUUGUUGCCAAUCCAAGUUUUAGGAAAAACAAAUAAUAACUUGACUUCAAGUUGAUCAUUUGGUAUCAUAAGUGGCUUACAGUAUGUGAAAGGCAAAGGCCCCUAGAUUACACGUAUUUUACCAAAAUAAAAUAUGAUCAUGCCUUGAUUUUUAAUUAUUUAAUUAGGACAGUAAGGUCUGACUUGCUUAGACACAAGUCUUGUCACUUAACAGAAAUAAUGUACAGUAUAGAAUAUUAAGUCAUGGUACAGUGGAAAAAGAAGUAAUAUUGUGUAUGACUCCCAUGAGCUUGGACGACUGCAUCCAUACAUCUCUGCAAUGACUCAAAUAAUAAAUCAAUAAAGUCAUCUGGAAUGGCAAAGAAAGCAUUCUUGCAGGACUCCCAGAGUUCAUCAAGAUUCUUUGGAUUCAUCUUCAAUGCCUCCUCCUUCAACUUACCUCAGACAUGCUCAAUAAUGUUCAUUUCUGGUGACUGGGCUGGCCAAUUCUGUAGCACCUUGACCUUCUUUGCUUUCAGAAACUUUGAUGUGGAUGCUGAAGAAUGCCAUCCACUCUGCAGAUCUCCCAUACGCCACAUACUGAAUGUAACCCCAAACCAUGAUUCUCCCUUCACCAAACUUGACUGAUUUCUGUUAGAAUCUUGGGUCCAUGUCCAUGCGGGUUCCAAUAGGUCUCUGCAGUAUCUGAAUCUGAAUCAUGAUUUCAGAUGAUUCAUUAGAAAAACCUUCUGCCACAUUUCCAAAUGAUCAACUAGAAGUCAAGUUGUUAUUUAUUGCUCUUACAACUGGAAUCAACGACAAGACUUUUGUCAGGUAGUGUACACAUAUAUGAAUUUAUAAUGUUCUGUUAAUAUUUAUUGAACAAUAUGUUAACACUUUACCUGAAGCUUUAUAAAGGUAUUGUUAAUGCGUUAUGAUGCAUGCAUACAUAAUUCCUUAUAAACAACCUUGUAAUGCGUUGUAUCAUCAUAAAAAUGGUUAAACAAGUAUUUUAAUGCAUUAUAAUGCACACAUAAUGCAUUAAUGCAUGCAUAACUGGUGUUGAGUAUGUUUAGACACAAUAUAUUUAGCAGGAUAAGAACAAAAGUAAGCAAUAGAUUACAGAUUUAAAAUUAAAAAUAACAAUUAGAAGCACAUAAACUACUAAUAAAACUUUGAA